AUGGCUGAGACAACAGAGGUUCAUACAGGAGCAAGCUCCCUGCUGAAGGCUGUCACUCUGAGCCGUCUACGUCUCACUCGACUGCUUUUAGAGGGCGGAGCCUACAUUAAUGAAAGCAAUGAAGAUGGAGAGACGCCACUGAUGGUGGCCUGCAAGACACAGCAAAUGGAUUCCCAGAGUGUCCCUAAACACAAAAUGGUCAGGUAUCUGCUGGAAAACGGUGCAGACCCAAACAUCCAAGAUAAAAUGGGGAAAACUGCACUGAUGCAUGCUUGUCUUUGGCAAACUGGGUCAGAAAUUCUGUCAUUGCUUCUCAGCAGUGGAGCAGAUCCAACACUAGAAGAUCAUGAAGGAUUUUCUGCAUUGGUUUAUGCUGUCAAUUCAGGAAACAAAGAAAACCUCAAGGUCCUACUGGAUGCCUGUAAAGUUAUGGGUAAAGAAGUUAUAAUCAUCACCACCAACAACCUGUCAACUGACCAUCAUGUGACAAAGCAGUACAUUAAUGUCCCUCCGCCUGCUAACAUUGACAUGGGUCUGCACUACAGAACUGUUCCUGAUGUUGACCAGCACGUCACUGGCCACCAACUACACUUUGAGCAGUGUCCUAAAAAUCCCUCACCACUGCUCCAUCAUAUCCAGACUCCUUCUCUGACAGCAGAACCAAGCGAACUCAUGUUAAACAAGAAAAUAUAUUAUGAAAUCAGUACUGCGGCUAGCCAAGGAAAUACCCCUCCUUUGUCCCACUACCACAGUAUUGAUGUCAGAGAUCCAGUGUUUAAAAGAGGAAAUGCUAAUAAGUCCAUCAGUGAAGCUAGGCGAGAAGGUGGAAGAAGAUAUUUUGGUAGAAAGAUGUCUUAUGACAGUGCUGCAAGUUCACUGUAUUCUGCUUCACAUCCAAACUUGCAUCAAGAGGAUAUUCCUUUCACCUGUGAGUCAAGCCGUGUAGAUGAAGAUUCCUCAGAAUUACUUCCAAAACUGAUUGUCUCAAGUUUGCAAAAUGUGGUUCAUCGACGGAACAUUGGAAUUAACCACUAUAGUUCUGACUCCCAGUUACCACAGUUUGGAAAUGGUUCCAAGUAUGGUGUCACACCUGAAAGACAUAAGCUUAGCAGCAGCAGGUCCUCCACUCUGUCAGGAUCAAGGGAGUCCUUAGAAAGUUCUGGCCAGGGAUUUGACACUGCAAGACUUGAUCAAAGAACCUUAGGAACCCAACUUUUGAAUCACAUGAUUCACAACCGCCCAAGAUACCUUCCACCACUUAGUCCACAUGCUCCUAUACCAAAUAUUGGUGUUGGUUGCAGCUCCAACCACACUUUAAGUGUAAGUAGUAGGAAUCUAAACAUUGAACACACAGGACUAAAGCCAAUUAUGUCCUCUGCACCUACAUUGCCAAAUCCUAACACCAAUAGAAUCCUCUGGAGACGACACUCAAUACAGUCAGAGCAAAUAAACCAGUUCGUCUACCUUGAGAAAACUUCCGAUCACUAGGACAAAACCAAGGCUGUGCUUGCACUGCCUGUGUUAAUUUAGGGCUUGAUGUAACGGUGAUGCAUGAGCUGACUGGUGAUCCGUGGACCUGACUGUUGAAAUUGUUUAGUCCAGAAUAAGCUCAAUCACCAAGUUUUUGUUCCACCUUUUUUUAUGUAACAUCUUAAGCAAUCAGUGAUACUAAUUUUGUA